UCAAUGUUUUUAAAGAGUAUCUUUACAAUUGCUUUGACCACAUCCAACCAUUUCAUUUAAACUAAAUAGAAAAUUAUUUCAAGAAAAAAGCCAAAGAACUCUUGGGAACCAUCCAAUAUUUCAGAAUCGAAUCAACCACUUUUUAAAGACAGCAGGCUAUCUGAAUUGCCGUUAUGUCUUUAGCUCAUGAUAUAAGAAACAGCACAAGGACUCGUGAUGUUCAAAUAGUGGAAAAUGUUACGUUCACUUCCAUGCUUCUUUCAGAAUUUACACUAGCAGGAUUGAUAUCAUCGGGGUUCCAAAAACCAUCUCCAAUUCAACUUCAUGGUGUCCCACUAGGCAAAUGUGGUUUCGAUUUGUUACUAGAAGCAAAGUCUGGAACUGGAAAAACUGUUGUGUUUUCUAUAAUAGCAUUAGAAAAACUAAAUCUUAAUAAUGGUUUGCAAGUAAUGAUCUUGACACCUACACGAGAAAUAGCAGCACAGAUAUGUGAUGUUAUUAAACAAAUAGGAUCACACCACAAGGGUCUGAAUGUCGAAGUUGUAAUGGGAGGAUUAUCUGUAAAUGAAGACAUAGCUAAGUUUAAGAAAAAAGUACACAUUGUUGUUGGCAGUCCAGGUCGUCUAAAACAUCUUAUUGUAGGAAAUCAUAUUAAUUUAUCUGAUGUUCAACUCUUUGUGUUAGAUGAAUGUGAUAAACUGGUAGAAAAGCCUUUUCUGAAUGAUAUAAACUAUAUAUUUUCAGCUUUACCUAAUCAUAAACAAGUUAUUAUGAGUAGUGCCACUUAUCCAGAACAUUGCAAGGAAAUCAUUUGUAAAUUUGUAAAAAAUGCUCAACACAUUUGUCCAGAUAGUAACAAUAUCUUAUUAGGCAUUACACAGAAAGUAACUAUAGUGAAGUACAAUAGCAACAUAGUAAAACAAACUCAGAACAGAUUUGAACAAUUGAUUUUAAUUUUAUCCAAAAUGCAGUUCAAACAGUGUUUAAUAUUUUGCAAUUAUCAAGCAAGAGUUACAGAACUUCAUAGAUUAUUAAAAAAAUCUAAAUGGCCAGUGAGUUUAUUACAUGGUCAACAAGAACAACUAGAUAGGUUAAAUGCAUUGAAAACAUUACAAGAAUACAAAUGCAGGAUAUUAAUAUCAACAGACUUGGCUGCCAGAGGUAUAGAUGGAUCUAAUAUUGAUCUAGUCAUAAACUUUGAGCCUCCUUUUGAAUGGCAAACAUAUUUGCAUAGGAUUGGAAGAGCAGGCAGAUUUGGCUCUUAUGGGAUUGCAGUCACAAUAAUUAGUGAAGGUAAAGAAAGUCAAAACUUUAAGAACAUGUUAACUUUAUUAACUCCUACAUUCAAUCUUACUAAUUUAUGGACAGACGAAAUUUUUAAUACAGGAAAUCGAGAAAAUAAUUCGAUGGAAAAUUGUGAAAAAUUAGAAUCACAUUUGAAAACAGAGAAAAAUGAAAGACACGGGGAGUUGUGGGGAUUACUGACUGAAAAAGAUUUACAACUACAAGUGUGUUAUUUAAAAAAUAAUAAUGACCCAGUUGAUAAAUCAAAUAAAUAUGGGAUAGAAUCAUUUACCAACUUAGUUAAUUCAUUUCAAGAAGAAAAAGAAACCAUUCAAGAAGUUCCCUAUAGCUUUAUGAAUGAAUUGCCCUUGAAAGUUGAAAAUGAUCUUGAAUUAUUCAACAUACCUUCUACAUCUACUAAUGGUGUCAUAGACAAACAAAUUAAAGGACAAAUAGAUAAAGACAAUGAAAUUAUUCAACAUAAUGGCGCGCAGAAAGAAGAAAUUAUAGAAAUCCUUAAAACAAAAGAUAAAUUCUUCAAAGAGGAAAACAAUCAAAAUUUAAUAAACAAAGCCAUGCUUGAAUCAGGGCUUCCUAUAUGUUUUGGUAAAACAAAACUAAAAAGAUCUGGUGCAAAACAAUACAAACAUAAAUAUAGGGCCUGUGAUCAUGACAAAGAUUCAUCUUUAACCAAAAAUACAACAGGAAAUUUAUCAGAUAAAAAUGAAGAAAUUAAAGCAGUAGUUCAAGAUAUGAUGCAAAAUGAAACAAAAAUUCUGAAUAAGAAUGAUAUUAGAAAUAAGAAAUCAUCUAACCAUUCUUUAAAAACGAAAUCCGUCUGUGAUCUAGAAGAAACUAUUAACACGAAAGUUGAAUAUGGCUACACUGUUUGGUAUAAUACAUUAAAAAAUUACAUGAGGCACAUUGAAUUUUCCGUAUACAUUGAUGAGCUUUCAAGGAUGUACUAAUAUAACAAUAAAAAUAAAAUACCAAUUAAUUUACUAAUGUAUUUUAUUUGUUUAUUUGAUUUGUAAAUAAAUAAAAAUUUUUCAAUGAAUACAGUAAAAUUAAUUAUUGAAAAUGUAACAAUUUAGUAUGGAGCAGUGUCAGUGGAAAUUUCUAAUUAGUGUGCCCAUUAACAUUGUUUUUACGGAUCAUUUUAGUCUUACACUAUUAGGUUCCUUAAGAAUUAACAAUGUUUCAUA